AUGGCUGCCACCGCCGCCCGACCUGACGACGACUACCGAGCGGGUCUGGUAGCUCCCGAGAAGGAUUUCCGACCGCAGACCGAAGAUGUCACCAAUACGCAAGGAUCCACCUUUGACGACCUCGGACUCAAACGAGAAUUGUUGAUGGGGCUCUACCUCGCGGGUUUCGAGAAGCCCAGUCCUAUCCAAGAAGAGUCUAUACCUCCCGCACUGACUGGGAGAGAUAUUCUCGCUCGUUCCAAGAACGGAACGGGUAAAACCGCCUCCUUCCUCAUCCCCACCCUCAACAACGUGAACGUUCGCCUUCCCCACAUCCAAGCCCUCAUCCUCGUCCCUACCCGUGAACUCGCCCUCCAAACAUCCCAAGUAUGCAAGACGCUCGGCGCCAAAAUCGCUGGUCUCCAGGUCAUGGUCACUACCGGCGGAACUACCCUUCGCGACGACAUUCUCCGCCUGCAAGAACCGGUCCACAUCCUCGUUGGUACGCCUGGGCGAAUAUUGGAUCUGGGAGGAAAGGGGAUUGCGGAUCUGCGAAAGUGUACUACUUUUAUCAUGGACGAGGCGGACAAGCUGCUCAGCGAGGAGUUUGAGCCGGUGGUGGAGCAGCUGCUUCAGCUCGUUCCGGCUGAGAGGCAGCUCAUGAUGUUCUCGGCUACCUUCCCUGUUUCGGUCAAGCACUUCUCAGAACGUCACAUGGUCCAGCCAGCAAUCAUCAACCUCAUGGAAGAACUCACCCUCAAGGGUGUUACCCAAUACUAUGCCUACGUCGAGGAACGGCAAAAAGUACACUGCCUCAAUACUCUCUUCUCCAAGCUCCAAAUCAACCAAUCUAUCAUCUUCUGCAACUCUACCAACCGUGUCGAACUCCUUGCCAAAAAGAUCACCGAGCUCGGCUACUCGUGCUUCUACUCUCACGCCAAAAUGCUCCAGGCCCACCGUAACCGAGUCUUCCACGACUUUAGGAACGGAAUGACCAGGAACUUGGUCUGCUCUGAUCUCCUCACACGUGGUAUUGAUAUCCAGGCUGUCAACGUCGUCAUCAACUUUGACUUUCCCCGCACAGCAGAAUCCUAUCUUCACCGAAUCGGUCGAUCUGGCCGAUUCGGACAUCUUGGUGUUGCCAUCUCUCUCCUCACAAUCGAAGACCGCCACAACCUAUACCGCAUUGAGUCCGAACUCGGUACCGAGAUCCAGCCUAUCCCACAGGAGAUCGACCCGGUCCUCUACGUCGCUCCCACCAUGCCCGCCGAACCCUCUCCUCCUCCCAAGCCUAAGGCUAUCCUCCCCCGCGUGCAAGCCCCACGUCAGCAACCACCAUCGCGACAACAAGAACAGCCGACCCAGUCUGCUCAGUCACAAGCUCGCUUCGCCCAAGUGCCUGCCGGGCCGUCAGCACCGACUCAAGCUCAGAACCAGUCGACACCCAAUUCCAAAGACUCGGCAGCGACAUCGGCGUCAUUCACUACAGCAAAUGAAAGCACAGGGAGCGGUGCGGCCCCCCCUUCGUCGAGCGGCACCUUACCAAGCGUACCGCAGGGACGGCCGCAGCAGGAGAGGGGACCGAGUACACGUGGCAGAGGCGGGCCCAGGCCGCCAAAUGCCAGUCGGGGGAGCGGGGCGCCGGCGAACGGAGGCGGAAGUGCGGCGCCUGCGGAAGGAGGAGAGGCAGCAGCGGGGUCGGUCCCAACUGGUCCGGGAGGUGGGCGUGGAGGUCAGCCUGGGAGGGGGCGGGGCGGAUUCAGGGGACGAGGUGGCGGUCAGGGUCAGGGAGGAGGAAGACCGCCUCGAGCAGCUGAGGGGCCGUAG